UUGUUGUUUUGCAUUUAUUCACCGGCAAUUUUAUGAAAUAAAAAGGAGUUAACUAAAUAAAAUAAAUCAUGAAUAAAGCCUCGCGACUUUUCUGUCCGGCUCUUAUUACACCGAAGAAUGCGGUGGUCAAGCAAACGGAGCAACUGUCACGCAGUCAAAAGCUCCUGACAGAUCUUGGAUUGAUUAAAUCAGGCAGCAAUGGCACUUACCAAAUAAUGCCCAUGGCCCAACGAUCGGUGGACAAGUUUAUCAACCUGGUGCAAAGCAACAUGCAGCUGGCUGGAGGACAGAAGAUCGCCCUGCCAGUCCUGACGCCCACAGGUCUUUGGAAGAAGACGGGACGACUCGAAGGAGACAUCUCAGAGUUCUACAUGGUUCGGGAUCGUAGUGGCAAGCAAUUUCUCAUGAGUCCAACCCACGAGGAGGCAGUAACUGCUAUGCUGGCCACCACCUCACCGAUUUCUUAUCGCCAGCUGCCCUUGAGGCUGUACCAAAUAGGUCCCAAGUUCCGGGAUGAGCUAAAGACUCGUUUCGGCUUGAUGAGAGCCAAGGAGUUCCUGAUGAAGGACAUGUACUCCUUUGAUGUAUCCGAAGAAACAGCUAGGGAAACCUAUUCCGUAGUUAGUGCGGCCUAUGAUAGGUUGUUUAAACAACUGGACGUUCCUUUUGUUAAGGUAAAUGCGGCAACUGGCAUGAUGGGUGGCAGUGUAUCCCAUGAAUACCACUACGUCUCGCCUGUGGGCGAGGACACCCUCUUGCAGUGCAGCUCCUGCGGCUUUGCUGGCAACUCUGAAGUCCUGGAGACCGAUCCACAAUCCACCGCUUGCUGUCCAAGCUGUAAAAGCUCCGAUUUAAAAGAAGUUCGAGGGGUUGAGGUGGCCCACACCUUCUUGUUGGGAGACAGGUACUCUAAGCCUUUGGGAGCAACCUUCCUCAACACCUCCGGCAAACCACAAUCGCUAGUAAUGGGCUGCUAUGGCAUUGGCAUCACCAGAGUCAUUGCUGCAGCUUUGGAGGUACUUUCCUCCGACCAAGAACUACAUUGGCCGAGGCUCCUGGCACCUUACGAUGUUUGUUUAAUAGGACCCAAGCAAGGCAGCAAAGAACAGCCGGCUGCAGAGGUGAUAGAAAACGAACUGCUUCAAACUAUAGGAGAUAUUUGUGGUCACGAAGAGCUUCUGCAUGACGAUCGCAAGGACCUGACAAUAGGCAAACGUUUGCUAGAAGGCAAACGCCUGGGACAUCCGCUCACCAUUGUAGUAGGAGCCAAGUCAGUACAGCAGGAUUCCCCCAGGCUAGAAGUACACCUCAGUAAUGGUGAAAAACUUGAGUUGGAUCUAAGUGAAGCCCUGAAUCUUGUGGCGGAACAUAACCAUCAUAAGAAGGUUCUUUUAAAUGGAAGAUUUAUCCGGGAAAAUGAUGAAAGUAUAAGUCGAUCAGUUGGCCAUCAGCUUUAGCUUUAUGGAAUAAAGUUAACAAUAACACACAA